CUGAAGCGGAAGUGCAAAGUCCUCAUUUCUCUAUUUAAGCGCGCCAACAAAGACUGUUCAAGGAGGUUUGUUGGUACAUCGUUUGGUACAGAGCAGACUGCUGAUUUUGUGUCGUGCUUUUUCUCUGUUAAAAUGCCUGAAGAAACGUCGACUGCAUCGAGCUCUGGGAGUGCUGAGGAAAAGCCAUGCUCGUCAGCUGCUGCAGCCUGCUCGGCUGAUGUCAUGGAGGAGGCAAAGAAAUUGAUCGGCACAGGGAAAAGGCACCUUGUGAUGGGGGAUGUUGUUUCUGCUGUCGGUGUCUUCCAGGACGCGUGUGGCAUGCUAGCUGCAAAGUAUGGGGACACAGCAGAUGAGUGUGGUGAGGCCUUCUUCCUAUGCGGGAAGUCCCUACUGGAGCUUGCUAGGAUGGAGAACAGUGUCCUUGGUAAUGCCCUGGAGGGAGUCCCAGAGGAGUCUGAGGAGGAGCAGCAGACCAGCAACCCAAAUAUUGAGAGUGCCGACAACCUUGACGAGAAAACUAGAGAUGAGCUACGUAAGCAGGUGUACGAUGCUAUGGCAGAAGAGGAAAAGAUUCAGGAUGGUAAUUCAAAGCUGGAGUGUGAAGAUGUUAAAAGCAAGACGGAGGUGGAAAGAGAAGAUGCUGGCGUAAAGGCACCAGUCAAGCCUGGUGUUAAAUGCCCGGCGGAGUUCCCUGCGGAUGGGGAAGCGGGUUCAGUGAAGGAACAUGGAGUUUGUGGAACUGAAAAGGGUUGUUGUGCAGAAGACUUGUGCGAAACAUCCCCAGUAAAAGAAUUGGGCAAAGAAGAAAAAACAGAAGUUUCACAAGAAAACAUUGAUAAAGUGGCAGAUGAUGGAAAUGAUGAGGAAUCCAAUCCAGAGGCUGAACAAGAUGUCCCAGAGGGUAGUAGAUCUCUGCUUACAGAGCACUCUUUCUCUCUUUUUCAGGAAGAGGAUGAAGUUGGGAAUCUACAGCUGGCAUGGGAAAUGCUGGAAGUUGCCAAAGUCAUCUUCAAAAGAAGGGAAAGCAAAGAGGAGCAGCUAAUGGCAGCGCAGGCAUACCUGAAACUUGGAGAAGUUAGUGCCGAGUCAGGUAACUAUCCUCAGGCUCUGGAAGACUUCCAGGAGUGUCUUGCCUUGCAGCUCAAGCACUUGCCUCCGCACAGUCGUCUGCUCGCAGAGACCCAUUACCACGUGGCUACAACACUCUGCUACAUGGACGAGUACAGCCAGGCCAUCCAGCAUUACAGCAGCUCCAUAAAGGUCAUUGAGACUCGUCUCGCCAUGCUGCAGGAGAUUAUAGAUGCUGCAGAAGGAGCUGAUGCUGCAGCAGAGGACAAAAAUGAGAUGGAAGAGCUAAGGCUGCUUCUGCCUGAGAUCAGGGAGAAAGUGGAGGAUGCCAAGGAGAGCCAGAGAACAGCCAGUGCUGCCUCACAGGCCAUCCAACAAACACUUGGUGGUGCUUCCACUUCAACAUUCCUUUGUGAAAAUGGUGGACCAUCAUCAUCCUCAUCGUCGGCUGCAUUUGCUACAACCAGUCAGAUUCCAGUUAAAAAAUGCGACAGUGCCUCGUCCUCCAAAACCGUGUCCGACAUCUCUCACCUGGUCAGGAAAAAGAGGAAACCAGAAGAGGAGAGCCCAGUAAAGGACACAGAUGCUAAACAAGCAAAACAGGAAGCUACAGUAAAUGGCAGCGGUGACUCUAGUGCCAGCAACAGUGAAGUCCAGGAGGGAAAAUCACAGGAGGCGAGUGAUAGGCCUACUUCCUUCCACCCAGUCGGCCUCUGUGGAAUCCUCAUCGUGACUGGCUUAAUCCAUUUCCUGAUCUCUGAAACCAGCACAGCAUGCCUGUCCAGUCUGUCUCAUCAUUCAGUGUUCUUGUUUCUGUAAAUAAGAUCCAUUUUCACAGAUUUGUUUGUCAGGUUUUGUAUACUUGUAGUAAAAGACACAAUAAAGAAUUUGCAGAUGUAA